UACACAGACACGCAUAUUACGCACACAAACUGUUCGUUUGCAGAAGAUCAAGUGCAGGCAGGUUUGGAAGGAAGUACGUUCCAGACUGCUACCUAUGGUGGAUGUGGGCUGCAAGUGCACUGCAGUGAUGUGGUUUUAUUCGCCAGUAAAAGCUGAUUUGUAGAGAAAAGUUUAUUCAACAAAGAGCAACAAACUGAUUUCACCAGAUGGCUUUUAAAAAGGAAACAGAGAGACAAAAUGAAUAAAACAUCUGGAGUCAGAGAGGCAUCUAACUGACAUUCAAUUUCGACCUCAGGCCAUCCACCCACACAUCCACUCAGUUGCAUUGCACGCCUACAUGCACACACCUACACACACACACACAAACCAUACACACAAACUUCACACUGACUCUGAGCCCAAAGCACUGAAGAGUGACUGGAGUGUUUAGCAGAACUCCCCCCUGCAGUCACUCUGAUAACCUCCCUAGACCUCUCUUCCGCCGAUAUUUUAGGGCAUUUUGGGACAAUUUCAUCCCCUGCUGGUUUUUUAUUCCGCUUCCAUCUAUUCCUGUCCUCAUCAUCCGUUCUCUCCUACCACUAGCCCACCCUACCGUGUCCGCUGUGCCCCCAUUAGCGACGCCUGCUGCUGUGCUAUGCCCCAUCGCUGCUGCCACCACCACCCUGCCCAGGAGUCAUGCCCAUCCCCGAGAUGGCUCUGACCCCCGUCAAGUCUCUGCACUGGGAGGUGUUCCCGCCCAUGCCCACGCGCCGGGUCUACUGCACUCCGGUGCUCCACGACGGCCGGCUCUACGUGCUGGGUGGCUGCAGUGAGACCGGCCUGUCCCUGGACACCGCGGAGGUCCUGGAUCUGGAGAGCCUGUUCUGGAGCACGCUGCCCCCGCUGCCCACAGCCCGCGCUGGGGCCUCGGCCGUGGCCCUGGGGGGCCAGCUGGUGGUCAUGGGGGGCAUGGACGCUCAGCAGAGCCCCCUGGCGUCAGUGGAGGCGUACUGCAUCGACGAGGGGAGAUGGGAGAGGAAGGCCGGACUGGGGCAGCCGUCCAUGGGCAUCACAGCAGUGGAGAAAGAUGAAGGCUUCUGGUCUGGUCCCGUUCUGCUUUGA